AUGUCGGAGGGCGCCGCAGAGAGCAGCAGCCCGGCCCCCCGCUUCCUGGCUCCCCCGCCGCCUCCGCCCAAGAACGGCUCUAGUUCGGACAGCUCCGUGGGGGAGAAGCUAGGAGCCGUCGCUGACCAUGAUGGCUCGGGGGCCGGAGGAACAGGCGGCGAGGUGGGAGGCGGGGGCCGGAGCGAGGAAUACCGGCGUCGCCGUCACACCAUGGACAAGGACAGUCGUGGGGCUGCAGCCACCGAGCACCGCUUCUUCCGCCGUAGCGUGAUCUGCGACUCCAAUGCUACAGCUCUGGAGCUGCCUAGCUUGCAGCCCGCAGCACCCCCGGCCGUCGCCACUCCCGGGAGUAUCACCCCGCUGCUGGGCUCCCCUCCUGAACCCGCUAGCCAGACCCCCUGCAUCUCUGUCACCCACGUCCCCCUGCUAUUGUUGCAACAGCCGUCUCUGUCGCUUCCCCACGAGGAGCAGCCCAUUCAGGAGCCCCCUGCAGCAGAGGACAUCGCCCCGCUACUGCCCAAAGGAGAGGCAGAGGAAGCCGCCCCCUUACCCCCUACCAACACGGCAGGCAGUGCAGCCACCGCCAGCCGGGAGCUCCAGAACCGACAGCAAGAGGAUAUCGAGGAGUUAGAGACCAAGGCGGUGGGCUUCUCCCUUGACGGCCGCUUCCUCAAAUUCGAUAUUGAGAUUGGAAGAGGCUCCUUCAAAACUGUCUACAAGGGGCUGGAUACCGAGACUACGGUGGAAGUUGCCUGGUGUGAACUACAGGAUCGGAAGCUGUCAAAGUCAGAGCGGCAGAGAUUUAAAGAGGAAGCUGAAAUGCUGAAAGGGCUCCAGCAUCCUAAUAUUGUUCGGUUCUAUGAUUCCUGGGAGUCUACAGUGAAGGGAAAGAAAUGUAUUGUUCUCGUGACAGAACUCAUGACAUCUGGAACGUUGAAAACGUAUUUGAAAAGGUUUAAAGUGAUGAAAAUCAAAGUACUACGAAGUUGGUGCCGUCAGAUAUUGAAGGGCUUGCAGUUUCUGCACACGCGCACUCCUCCCAUUAUCCACCGGGACUUGAAAUGCGACAACAUUUUCAUCACUGGCCCCACUGGAUCAGUCAAGAUAGGAGACCUGGGUCUGGCAACUCUGAAACGAGCCUCCUUUGCCAAGAGUGUGAUAGGUACCCCAGAGUUCAUGGCACCCGAGAUGUAUGAGGAGAAAUACGAUGAAUCCGUUGAUGUAUAUGCUUUUGGGAUGUGUAUGCUUGAGAUGGCCACGUCUGAAUAUCCUUAUUCUGAGUGCCAAAAUGCUGCGCAGAUCUACCGUCGAGUGACCAGCGGAGUCAAGCCAGCUAGCUUUGAUAAAGUAGCAAUUCCUGAAGUGAAGGAGAUCAUCGAGGGAUGCAUCCGACAAAACAAAGAUGAAAGAUAUGCUAUCAAGGACCUUUUGAACCACGCUUUCUUCCAGGAAGAGACUGGUGUGCGGGUAGAACUAGCAGAGGAAGAUGAUGGAGAGAAGAUUGCCAUCAAGCUCUGGUUACGAAUUGAGGAUAUCAAAAAGCUUAAGGGCAAAUACAAGGACAAUGAGGCAAUAGAGUUUUCCUUUGACUUGGAGAGAGAUGUCCCAGAGGAUGUAGCACAAGAAAUGGUGGAGUCAGGGUAUGUCUGUGAAGGGGAUCACAAGACAAUGGCCAAAGCGAUCAAGGACAGAGUGUCUCUGAUCAAGCGAAAGCGAGAGCAGCGUCAGUUGGUGCGAGAAGAGCAGGAGAAAAGAAAGCAGGAAGAAAUCAGUCAGAAGCAGCAGUUGGAGCAGCAGCUACAAACAAAUGCUACCCAGGCAGGGGCAAAGCACCCUCCAUCUGCCACUGGCAUCACUGCCAUCCCCACUACUUCAGCAUCAGUGUCCACACAAGUAGAGCCUGAAGAGCCAGAGGCUGAUCAGCACCAACAAUUGCAAUAUCAACAGCCCGGCAUAUCUGUUCUGUCUGAUGGGGCAGUUGACAGUGGUCAGGGAUCAUCUGUUCAUACUGAAUCAUGUGUGACUAGCCAACAGACUGUGUCCUAUGGUUCCCAGCAUGAACAGACUAUCUCAACAGCUACAGUCCAAGGAUACACAACUUCAGUUGGCCAAGUGCAGUCUCAACAACAUGGAGGAUAUCAGCCACCCACAGUGUCACAGACACAGGUGCAAGGCCAGCCAGUCUCAAGUAGUAUAUCAGUGGGGGUACCAUGCCAGCCUACACAGCAAAGUCAGCAGAGUGCACAGCAGCUGGCUCCUUCCCAGCAGACAGGACAGUACCAGCUGCAGCAGUCAUCCGUUUCCAGUGGAGCUACCCCAUCACAACCAGUUUCUCAAACUCCGACUCCACUGAUCAUGCCGAUGCCUCAGGUACCAGCUGGAACUCAGCUUCCUGUUUCCCAAGCAGUGCCGAUCAUCCAAGGCGAACCUCAAUUACCUGUUGCAGCACCUUCUCUCCCUCAACCUUCAGUUGCCCCAACCAUCCCCAUUGGCUCUCAUUUUCUCCCUAUGGGACAGCCCUUGUCAACCUCCCUGCUCACCCAGUUCUCAGUCUCUCAGCUCCCCAUAGCAGCAUCUCAUGCGUCAGUGGCUCAGCCAGGCUUCCAGUCUCUGCCUAUCUCUAUGGCAGCUGGCAUUAACCAGCCACUACUCACUCUGGCCACAUCUGCUGCAGCAGCUGCUAUCCCUAUAGGAUCAACCAUUGUCCCUAGCCAGCUUCCAGCUGUUCUACAGUCUGCGGCCCAGCUGCCCAGCCAGGUUCUCCCACAGCUCCUGCAGCCAGCUGUUCAGUCCAUGGGAUUACCAGCCAGCCUUGGACAAGCUGCUGAAGCUGCACUUCCAGCUGGAGAUGCUUUGUAUCAGGGCUUCCCACCUCGGCUGCCGCCGCAAUACCCAGGAGACUCAAAUGUUGCUCCCUCCUCUGCUGUGGCCUCUGUUUGCAUACCUUCUGCAGUACUGUCCCCUCCCUUACCCACUGAUGCAUUGGCUCAGCCAGGCUAUCUUGCUGCAAUGGUGCAGCCUUAUGUGGAACAGAACAUUUUAGUUCCUCUGGGCGGUCUAGGAGGACAGGUUCAAGUGCCACAGCCUGCAGUGAGUUUAGCACAGCAGGUCUCAUCUGCAUCUUCACAGCAGGGAGCUUUAGAGAGUACUCAGGGAGCCUCACAGGCUGCUCCUUCAGAAUCUGUACCAUCAGCACAGCAACAGCUUGCACAGACUACCCCAUUGGUCUCCUCACUAGACAGUGCACAUUCUGAUGUUGCUUCGGGCAUGAGUGAUGGGAAUGAGAAUGUGCCAGGAUCUAGUGGGAGACAUGAAGGGAGAACCACCAAACGCCAUUAUCGGAAGUCUGUACGCAGCCGCUCUCGGCACGAGAAGACUGCUAGACCAAAACUGAGAAUUCUCAAUGUUUCGAACAAGGGUGAUCGGGUGGUUGAGUGCCAGCUAGAGACACACAAUCGGAAAAUGGUUACUUUCAAAUUUGACUUGGAUGGUGACAACCCAGAGGAAAUCGCGAUAAUUAUGGUGCAGAAUGAAUUUAUUCUAGCAACUGAGAGAGAUUCAUUUGUAGAGCAGGUACGAGAGAUCAUUGAGAAAGCCGAUGAAAUGCUCAGCGAGGAUGUCAGUGUAGAGCCGGAAGGUGAUCAGGGCUUGGAGAGUAUGCAGACGAAAGAUGACUGCUUCUUUCCAGGGUCCCAGAAAUUGGAGGGAGAGUUCAAACAGCCAGAUCCUGUAUCUUUCAUGCCGCAGAGAACUGGUGUUCCUCCCAGCUCUUUCACCCAGGUUGUCCAUUCUGCUGGAAGACGGUUUAUUGUCAGUCCUGUCCCAGAGAGUCGGUUAAAAGAACAGCAGUUUUUCACCUCUUCUAUUCCUGCAGGAAAGGAACUUCCAGAUAUUGUUGCUUCCUCUUCAUCACAUGGUCCUGGGAUGAACCUGUCUCAUUCUGCAUCAUCACUCAGUCUGCAGCAAGCUUUCUCUGAGAUCAGGCAUACUCAAAUGACAGAAGGACCCAGUACAGCUCCUCCAGUUUUUAACCAAACUAUACCACCAUUUCCACCUGUACUUGCUAACAUGGCUGGGAGUCUACCAUCUACAUCAGUGGCUCCUCUCCCAGCAUCUCCCCCCUCCACCACUGGUAUUGCUCUUCCAGUAGCUCAGUCUGUUGUUCCCCUGCCUACAGAAAAGGUGCCAGCUGGAGUUGCACCAAGCACAGGUGUUUCAGGCUCCAGUUCUCCCACAACAUCACAGUCUGGGCACCAAUUAAUUGGUGGAGUGACUUCCAGUAUGAGUGCACCUGCUUCUUUUUCAUUAACUGUUACAUCGCAGACUGCUCAACCACUGACGGAAGAAGUUGUCCCUAAUAUCAGCGCACCUGCUUCUUUAACAUUGCCACCAACACAACCGAUUCCUGUCAUGGCUGGCCCCAGUGUUAGUGCCCCAAGUGCUGUACCCCCACCUGCGACAUCUCCGCCUGCUCAACAGAUUUCAAGUAGUAUGGAGUCUGUGGCAGCUCCGCAAACAUCUGUAGCCCCAACUAUGGCUCAUAAUGUGACUUCACAAACUCCUCAGCUCAGCAGCAGUAGCUCCACCCCCAGUCUGGCAGAAACAGUUGUUGUAAGUGUGCUACACUCAAAGCCUGAGGAUGGACAGUCAGUAGAUAAAACGAAGCUGUGCAGUGCAGCUGGCUUGUCCCUUCCUAUCUCUGCACCAUUGUCCUCUGCAGUGGCAUCAAGUAUAUCUAGUUCAGUCCCUCAGCCUGCUGUGGUGCAUCCUUUACUCAUCCCAUCAGCAGUUGCAUCAACACCUGUCCUACCCCAGGCAGCAGCUGCAAUCUCUACCCCCAUAUUACCCCAGGUUCCUUUAUCUGGCAUCCUACCACUGACGCAGCCAGUUGCUAACUUGCCUGCAGUACAGCAGACCUUGAUACACAGUCAACCUCAACUUGCUCCGCUACCCAAUCAACCUCAUACUCAGUGUCUGGAGGCUGAUGUUGACACUCAACCCAAAGCUCCUGGCAUCGAUGACAUAAAGACCUUGGAAGAAAAGCUACGAUCUCUAUUCAGUGAACAUGGCAAUGUUGGAGCAACACAUCCACCAGUAUCUCUGGAGACAUCACUGGUAAUGGAGACUACAGUCAUGCCUGGUGUACCAACGACUGCUGUUGCACCAACUAAACCUAUGACCGCCACUACCAGCUCUAGUAUACCACCAGUUAGUUUGCCCCUUGGACCAGCUGGCUUACCAGUGAUGACACCAGUUGCCACACCUGGUCAAGUGGGCAUUCCUGUCACCUAUGUUCCAGCAUCAGGCAGCAUUGCAACAGCAGCAGUGAAACCAGUGACCCCUCCCUCAAAGCCACCUCUUAGCAGGGUACCGGUGCUACCGGUAGGUUUUGAACUUCCAGCUGGCACUCCAUCCAGCGAACAGCUGCCACCCUUUCCAGGACCUUCACUAACUCAGUCCCAGCAGCCUCUAGAAGAUCUGGAUGCUCAGUUGAGAAGAACCCUCAGUCCAGAGACUGUCCCAGUGACAUCUGCUCCUGCCUGUCCUGUGCCAGCAAUGGCUUCUACAGCAGUUACUGGAGUGGUGUCUGCACCAGCACAGCCCCUGAAAGAAGCAUCACAGGAUGCAGACAGCAGUGCAACGACUACCACUGCAGGAGCUGGAGUUUUUAAGAUGGGACGAUUUCAGGUGUCUGUGGCAGUGGAUAGUGUACUGAGAGAGAGUGACGGUAAACCUGAAGAAACUAAGCCUGUGCAUUUUGAGACAACCUCCUCUGAUUCAUCUUUGUCUGGCAGCAGUCCAGAGAGUACGCUUGUGAAGCAGACUUCCAAUGGGACAACAGAGGCUACCACUGGUACCUCCUUAGAUGUGACAGAUGAUGCUGUUUCACAGACAUUUCCUGUCAUACAAUUGCCAUUAGAGGCUGGGCAGCCAACUAAAGUUGGGCGCUUUCAAGUGACGACAACAACAGACCAAGUGGGUCGCUUUUCUGUGUCCAGGACUCAAGAUGAGGUCACCUGUGUGGAGAGAGAACCCCCAAUGACUCUUCCUCUUUCUGUGGAUUCAGAACAAAUUUCUCUUCCAGCCAUGACUCCAAAGAAAGAGGUUCCAGAAUUGGUGGAGCCAAGGCAGUCUCCGCUUAUGAAUGGGCCAUCAUCUGAUCUGGAGGCUGCCUUCCUGAGUGGAGCGGCUCAGGAACUGGAUGAUGGCUCAGGUAGCCCAGACUCUCUCCAACCACUGGGUUCAAAGAUCAGCCUCCCCAUCCAAAGCUUUAGCAACUCAUUGAAUUCUUCCUACAUGAGCAGUGAUGAGUCAGAUAUUGAAGAUGAAGACUUGAAAUCAGAGCUACGCCGGUUGCGGGAAAAGCACUAUAAAGAGAUCCAGGAGCUGCACAGUCGCCAGAAGCAGGAGAUUGAAUUGCUGUACACCAAACUGGGAAAGGUCCCCCCUGCAGUAAUCAUCCCCCCAGCUGCUCCUCUCUCAGGGAGGAGGAGGAGACCUACUAAAGGAAAAGGCAGCAAAUCCAGCCGCAGCAGCUCCCAGGGUAAUAAGAGCCCUCAGCUGCUAGGCAAUCAGUCUUCUCAGAGUGCCCCCUCAGUCUUGCCCCCCCAGCAGACCCUUCAUCCUCCUGGAAAUGUCCCAGAGACUGGGCAGAACCAUCUGUUACAGCCCCUUAAACCAUCUCCUUCUAGUGAGAACCUCUACUCUGCCUUCACCAGUGAUGGUGCUAUUUCGGUACCAAGCCUUUCUGCACCAGGCCAAGGGACCAGCAGCACCAACACAGUUGGGGGUACAGUGAACAGCCAGGCAACCCAAUCUCAGCCUCCUGCCAUAACUUCCAGCCGGAAAGGGACUUUCACAGAUGACCUGCACAAGUUGGUAGACAACUGGGCCCGUGAUGCUAUGAACCUCUCAGGAAAGAGAGGUGGCAAGGGGCAUAGCAACUAUGAGGGCCCUGGAAUGGCAAGAAAGUUCUCAGCACCAAGCCAGCUAUGUAUUUCUAUGUCAUCCUCCCUGGGUGCUACUCCUAUCUCUGCAGCAUCAGCUACCUCUCUAGGUCACUUCACAAAGGCUAUGUGCCCUCCACAGCAGUACGGUUACCCAGCCGCGCCCUUUGCAGCUCCCUGGAGUGGGACAGGUAGUCCAGCACAACCACCCCUUGGUCAAUUCCAGCCUGUAGGAGCUGCCUCUUUGCAAAGCUUCAACAUCAGCAACUUGCAGAAAUCCAUCAGCAACCCCCCAGGCUCCAACCUUCGGACCACUUAGCCAGACCCAGAGACUCUGCUGGGUAGAACUUGGGACAGGAGAUGGGGAGGGAGUUAGGGCUACUAGUGCUGCACUGAACUGGCUAUUUCUGCCAGAAUGGGAAUGAGCUUCCCUUUUCCAACCAUUGCUGUCAGCUCUCGGUAAGGAGAGUUUCUCCAUUUCUGAAGGGGGAGGAGGGUGAUGAGCAUGAACACUCCUGCUCUUGUAUAAGAUGAGCAAUGAAGAUAGAAGUCACUGGAUCAGUGUGAUCUCACUGUAAAAGUACUUCGGUUUGAGUCUGAAUCCACAUGUGCUGAGAUGGAGAGUUUGCUCUUAGCAUGAGGUUUUAACACACUUCUCAUCUUCCCUGAAGAAUCAAGGCCAGGAGAGAAGCUGUCCAAAUCUCCCUCCUCUCCCCCAAACAAUCAUCCUUACCUCCUGAGCGGUAAGACACACAAAUGGACUUGCAGUGCAGCCCAUGCUUGGAGAGAGAGGUCAUUACUGCUUUAAGUAAAAGAUAUUAACAGCUUUGACUGCAGCAUUAGAGCAAUUUAAAUUGUUUAAAAAUAAAUUUUAAAAAGUUCCCUGCGGACAUGUACUUACCAUCAGUUUUGAUGUGGAAACACUGUGAUAUAUAAAUGUUGUUGGACAACAGUAGUUUAAAAAUGAGUGGAAAAUAGAGGGUUAAAAAAAGUUAAAAAUUAAAAAUGGAAAAAAAGCUAGCUAUAUCCUAUACUUAUUGGAGACACUUUAACUUUUUCCUUUGUAUUUUCAUUGUAUUAGAUAAAUGUGAAUGUAAAAUUGUAUAAAUUAAUGUACUUGAAUACUUGUCUGUUCU